GAUCUGUCAGUAAGCCGCGGACCGUCAAGCAGAAAGCACGCGUGCUUCUCUGCGGGAACGAUCGACGCGCACGUGCGUGACCAGGAAUACUAAUUCCAAGCAGACAAGUGGUUCUUCACCCUUUCGAAAUCGAGCAUCCGACGAAUAAUCGCGCGAAGAGCGAAGUUCACUAGCUCGACUACCUCGAAAAAGUGAAUCUUUCGACUCGUCGUUGAAACUCGUCAUCGAUAAACAGUAAUUCAAUCGACCGUUCUAUAAACAAAUGAAUCUUUUCAUUCGGAACGAAGCGGAAAAAAAAGCGAAGGCACGAUUUCGGAAAGCAAUCGGUCGCGCAAGGUAACAGAACGUAAAUCAUCGGUGACAUAACAGAAAACACGGGGCAAAUGGAGUUCCUGUAUAAAUUAUGGUAACGAGCCAAGGAAUUCCGGCUGUGAGGACACGUAAAUAUGAAGAAAGUUAUGUAUGAACGUGUAUCACACACGAAUAUGGUUCCUUGAAACACCAUUAAAAUGGACUUCUGCAAGAAUUACAAAUUUCUACAAAUUCUGCCAAAACCCGAGAAACACGUCGUAUGGUCUUGGCGAACGGAAAAUGGUACGUACAUCCGGUUCACCGAAGAUGACUCCGGCGAGGACUGCCUCGUGGAACUCGUCAAUGUCUGCGUUCCAGCUAUUGCGAUCGUCCUUGCACUGAUAACCUUUCUCAGGUGUAAAUGCAGCAAACAACCAAAAGAUUGCAGGAGACUCCUUCCAUUUCAUACGACUAGAACACUGUUGUGCAUGGCAGUGUUAAUGACCCUUUUUUUGGAACUUUGCGAGUCGUUGCUCACGUCGAUUUCUUUCUCGUUGAUUCUGAUGAUCAUAGCCAUUCUUCAUUGCUGGAUCAUUCAUCGAGGAACUGAAGUGAGGGAUGCUUUUGGUACGGCCCUUUCCGCUGGAAUCCUCGCCGCGAUUAGCUUAUCGCGUGCGUGGAAACUCAUGUAUCUCUCUAGAAACGGUCUGUCCAUGGUACACGUUCGACUCGCGACCACUACGUUCACCGCCAUUUUCUGCGGUCUCCUGGCCGUUUUGGAUUCUUACACGUUCUACCUUAUGACGAGAAGGAGGAGAAGGUACUUGAUCGAGCGAACGGAACGACGAAGAACGGUGUACAAACACGCGGAGGCGCCGUUUCUCAACAGAAUCACCUACCACUGGGUGAUCGACCUCCUCUCUAAGGGAUACGGCACACCGUUGGAGAGCCACGAUCUCGGAGAAGUUCCCGAGGAAGAGAGCACCAGCAGACAGUUUGAGAAGUUCCGGAAAGUUUACGAGGAGCACAGGGAAAAAAAUAAAAAACUGUGUCUCUGGCGAUGUUACUGGAAAAGAAUAUGGCGUCCUUUUGCGAUUGGAGGGCUAUUGAAAUUACUGGGAGAUGCUACGAGCCUUGUGGGACCAAUGUCAAUUUCUAAAAUUCUGGACUAUGUCUCUGCCUCUCAGAAUGGAACAAUAAAUCAGAGCUCUAUGAGUGUCAUGACAUUUCCUGAAAUCUGGCAAAAUGGCUAUUUUUUAGGCCUGCUGGUAUUUUUCUUUUCUUUGUUGCAAAGCACACUGAGCCAAGCCUCCACUCACAUCCUGUGCGUUGAAGGGAUCCGCUUGAAAACGUCUCUUCAGGCGCUGUUGUACGAUAAAGCUUUGCGCUUGUGCUCGUGGAGUAUCGACGAAGAGGAUCUUCCGACAAAUAAGGAGAAAGAAUCGAAUAAAUGUCAGCAAUCUGCUGAUAUUGGCACUUUAACCAAUCUGAUAUCUGAGGAUGCUUACAAUGUGAUGAGUUUCUUCUGGAUUGGACACUACACCUGGGCAAUUCCGUUGAAGAUCGCUGCUAUAGUUUUUCUUCUUUAUACACACUUGGGAGUCAGUGCAAUUAUCGGUGCGUUCUGCUGUAUAUUGAUAGUGACACCAUUGCAAUUAGUACUCGGGAAGAAGAUGUCGGAGAACUCUAAAUUGGUCGCUAAAAACAGCGAUGCCAGGCUACGCUUGGUGAACGAAAUCUUCCAAGGAAUGAGACUGGUGAAGCUCAGAGCCUGGGAAAAGAUCUUCGAGGAGAAAAUAAGGAGAACGAGAGACGAAGAGCUUAAAAUGCUGGACAGAGAUUCAUUCUAUUGGACCCUCAUCAACUUUCUCACUCAUGCUUCGUCGGUACUGACGACACUUUUCACUUUUGCUGCUUACUUUUGGUUGGAGGAGCGAAGUCUCGAGGCCGGGAACGUUUUUGCAAGCUUAGCUCUAUUUUCACAGCUCACAGUGCCUCUUCUCAUUUUUCCCGUGAUGAUACCCAUCAUCAUUAACGCUAUGAUCUCUACGAACAGAAUAGAGGAGUAUCUUCAACUUCCGGAAAUUGACAGCGUCCUGCCUGAUCCUACCGAUGGAAAAGCAGAAGUGGCUGAAAAUUCAUCGUCAGUGGCGAAUUCUAUCGAGGAAAGCGCUAUAGAAACGAUGAAAAAUAGCACUGGCACUUUUGGAUCGUUGGAUAAUAUUAAAGAGGACGAAGAAGACGGUCAGUCUUGUGAUUUAGAAAAUUACACAAUGUACAUAAAUUCCUCAGUUGACACUGUGUUCGAGAAAGAUGCGGAAGUUCCGGUGCUUACGAUGAAACGCUGCGGAUUUUCUUGGGGCACGGACGAAAGUCUACUAUCGAUCUCUGAUCUUACCUUUCCACGUGGUCAGCUAACGUUGAUUGUCGGUAAGACAGGAAGCGGAAAGACCUCCUUGUUGUUAGGAAUGUUAGGAGAGAUCCAAAGGACAACAGGAUCGAUCGAAUGGGCUAAAGGAAUAAAGAUUGCGUACGUGGCUCAGAAACCCUGGCUCCAGAACGCCAGUUUAAGAGACAAUAUACUUUUCGGGUCACCGUACAAAUCGAGAAGAUACAGAAACGUAUUGAAGGCAUGCGCUUUGCAGCCGGACGUGGACAUACUUCCGGGCCGUGAUUUCACGCGGAUAGGUGAAAAAGGGAUUAAUUUGAGCGGUGGUCAAAAGCAAAGGGUGACUAUAGCCAGAGCACUCUAUAGCGACGCAGAUGUUAUAAUAAUGGAUGAUCCAUUGUCUGCGUUGGAUCAUCAAGUUGGACAACAGGUAUUCGAUCAAGGAGUCCGAAAAUUGCUGCUCAGAAGUGGACGUACUGUGAUUAUGAUUACUCAUCGAUUGGAAUUGUUGUCCACCGCUCAUCAAGUCGUCGUCAUGGAUGGGUGUCGUGUUCGAGCAGUAGGAACGAAAUCGACGAUCGAAGACGCUGAUCCAGAAUUAGCGAUCGAAUGGAGGAAAACAGCGAUAAAUCAAGACGAAGAAUACCGUGCUCAUAGAACUGCCAAAGACAGAUGGACAUUGAUCAAAUUAGUGUCCAGAAUCAGCGCAAGGAACAAACAACUUAGUGAUGGAUCGUGGAUCACGGAUCAAGACGCCCAUGUGAAUCCUCCGGAUUUUGUCCCAUUAAGGAUGAGAAGAGCUACCCUUUCUGGAUCCAGAUACUUAGCCCAUGAUCUAACAGAUCUGCCAGUGCCCACAGAGGAAUGGAACGUAGGGAAAAGGAAAUUUCAAUGCCAUCGAAACGCUGUCCGAUCAUCCAGUCUUCAACCUCAACGACAACGACCUCCUGUUCUACGACAGAGCAGCACUCCAACAAUCCUUGAGAGUCAAUACGCUGUUCCUAGAAAAAGGAACAGCACAUUUGACAACGAACAACGAAGCAGCGUUUUGAGGCAAAUAUUUUCUAGCGCUAUCAUCAACACGCAUUCCGACGAACUGACAGGAAACAGAGACAAAAGCGUGCUACGAAGAUUGAUAUCCCCUAACUCGAACAGACAGAUACAAUUCGCUGUCAGAAAAACUAAUCAAGAACAGGAGAACGAUCGUUUUCCCCUUAAACCGUUGUUAUCGAUCGAAUCCAGAGGGGCUAAUGAAUCCGAUGAAAUCGAAGGAAAUGACUGUGAUACGGAGGAACGAGAAGAGAAAUCUCAGUACGAAGACAGAAGUGGAAUAAUCACGAGAAUGAUCUGUUGUGAUUACGUUAAAGCAGGGGGUUGGAUACCAGGUCUAAUUUAUAUAGGAGUGGCAGUUUUCUGUCAAACGCUUCGAGUUUACAUCGAUCUCUGGCUGAGUCAGUGGACAGACGAAGACAACGUGAACUUCAAUCAAGAAAAUCGAAAUACGGUGUUCUAUUUUAAAGUCUACAUAAUUCUCUCCGUUAUCUUUAUACUCUUAUCUUUCGUGUGUAAUGCGACUGGCCAAUGGACAGGCGCCAGGGCAAGAAGAAAAUUACACGAGGAGGCCGUGUCCAGACUUCUUAGAGUACCGAUGUCUUUUUUCGAUAGUAAUCCUGUUGGAAAAAUUUUGAACAGAUUCAGCGCCGAUACAGGUGUCAUUGAUAAGAAAAUAUCCAUGUCAAUCCAAAGACUGACAUUUUUCGUCCUACUGUGCAGUUCAGCAAUGAUAGUAAAUGUUAUUAUAUCACCGUGGUUCUUCAUCGCUGCUGUACCUACGUGUGCAGCUUACUAUCUCGUCCAAAGAUUUUACAGACGCAGUGCCAAACAUUUGCAAAGAUUAGACGGCAGUACCCGAUGGCCCAUCACAACGCAUUUCUCUGAAACACUCUGCGGACUAGCAACGUUACGUGCUUCCAAGCAACAGAAUCGUUUCAUGAAACAAGCUAUGAAAUGUCUCGAUGUCAACACGAACGCGUUCCUCCUUCUGAAUUCCAGUAGUCGAUGGCUCGGCAUUGCUUUAGACUAUCUGGGCGCAGUGAUAGUUGGAUCUGCGACAUUCGCUGCCUUAAUUUCCGCAGAAUUGUACCCAGAUCGUGUUACGCCUGCUCUAGUUGGCCUGGCGAUUAAUUACACCCUCUUAGUACCAAUUUACUUAAAUUGGGUGGUGAAGUUCACGGCGGAGACCGAGAUGUAUUUUGGUAGCGUUGCUCGUAUCUCUGCUUACAGAUACGCCACUGCUGAGAACUAUCAGCAAAAUGUUUGUCAUGUACCUGACACUUGGCCCACUAAAGGCGAAAUUACUUUCGAAAAUGUUUCUCUAAGAUACGUUUCACAGAAAGAACCAGUGAUCUCGAAUCUCUCGUUGAAAAUUCCAGCAGGUCAAAAGAUUGGAAUUUGUGGCAGAACCGGAAGCGGCAAGUCUUCCACAGCGAUGGCGCUGUUUCGACUGCUGGAAAUUACUCAAGGGCGUAUAUCGAUCGACGGGAUGAACGUCCGUCAAAUUCCAUUGGAAAUUCUUCGUUCGAAACUUUCAGCAAUCCCUCAGGAUGUGAUCAUGUUCAGUGGUACCAUUAGAGAAAAUUUGGAUCCUCUGUCAAUGCACAAAGAUCAAGAACUGUGGAAUGCUUUGGAAGUGGCGCAAAUCAAGGACAUCGUGGCUUCUCACUCUGAAGGUCUCAAUUUCGAGGUGAAAGAAGGAGGUGAAAACUUCUCUUCCGGUCAGCUGCAGCUGCUCUGUAUGGCGCGAGCGAUCCUCCGGAAGUCUUCGAUCGUCGUUCUCGAUGAAGCAACCAGUGCGCUAGACGCUGUCACUGAGAAGUGUCUCUUGAAAGCAGUUUCAACUGCUUUCGAGAACAGAACAGUGAUUGUUAUCGCGCAUCGUGUAUCGGCGUUAUUGGACUGCGAUCGAGUGAUCGUGUUCCACGAUGGUAAAAUCGUCGAGGAUGGAUCACCGGCAGAUCUAACAAGACAAGAGGGAUUCUUCGCGAAUAUGUUGAAGUCCAACGAAGAGAAUCAAGUGACCAAUUGUUGAGAAAAAAGACACGACGCGUGAAAGAACGAUACGAUAAAGAAACGAUUUGAAAGACUGGAAUGGAAGAACGUAUCAUGUUUGAUCGCAAAGUAUUUAUUUUUGAUACGAAUCGUAGCGAUAAAAGAAAUUCUUGAAAUACUUUUUACAAAUACAAAGAGAGAUAUGUAUGUUCGAAUGAUCGUUGAUCGAUCUGAGACACGUUUCAUUUGAUAUUCAUGUUUCACAGAGAAUGAAACUGUUUUGCAUAUAAAAAUCAAAAUUCACUGUUAAAUAAUAAUAAUAUAUU